AUGAAAGAUGUCUCACCUUUGAGGAGUCCCUCGGUGUCAAUUUCCCUCCAUGGAAGUCCACCUCUUGUCAACCUGUACGGACUAGAUGACAUUGAUGUUUCAUUUGAGCCCCCCAGAAAAGUUGUAAGCCAGCUUCCUCCAGUGAGUCACCCUCCUCCUGUGAGCCAGCUUCCACCAGUCCCUGUGAGCCAGCUCCCACCAGUCUCUGUGAGCCAGCUUCCACCAGUCUCUGUGAGCCAGCUUCCACCAGUCUCUGUUAGCCAGCUUCCACCAGUCCCUGUGAGCCAGCUCCCACCAGUUGGUAUUCCUCCUCCUGUGAGCCAGCCUCCUUCAGUCAGUCACCCACCUACUGUGAGCCAUGACCUUUAUCCUAAGUCAACUCUUUUUCCAGGAAGGAGUGCUCCUGCAGCCACCAUUGUGCCGACCACGACUCAGACUGGCGUUCCACCAGAAAGCCUCAACUUUCCUGACGAACUGGUGAUGAACCCUGCUGCGGCUUCUACGACAGCCAUGUCUCCGACCAGUUCUUUUAUGGCUAGCUUGGGAGCUGAGUUUCCUCUGAUCUCACCCUUGAAGGAGUCUGUGCUUGUCCCUGUUGUGUCCUCUGAGCAUCCAACAUCUUCGGCACCUGUGGAAACGUGUCCUCCUGCAUCAGAUUAUAUCUUGCACACUUGCCAGGGUUCAGAUCUGAAUAAGUCAUCACUUGAUCUCUCCCAUAAUCCAAGACUUUUCUUUGUCGGUGUCCCGAGUGGCCUUAACAACACCUAUGUAGACAACAUGCUGAGUAGAGCCAACAGAGAGGCACGGAGAUCGGCGGGACGGUCACUUACUUCGAUCCCUGCAUCUGUGUGUAAUAUCUCCAAGAGAGAUUAAAUUCGAUUCCCUGAUGGCCGCACAUACUAUUUAACGAGUACCAUUUGCCCCGACCCGUAUUACCGGAUGACCAUGGAAGCUUCCACACAAACCGACGAGUCUGACAUUCGCCCUCCUACACCCAGGAAAUGUGAUGCCUCAACUCAGGUUACCACCAGGCAGACCUUCACUUUGGAGUGAUUGUGAACUGUGACUUUCUUAAAUAUAUGAUAAA